UGCGUAUUUAGUAUUUACUAUUGUACUAUCUAAUAUAAUAUUAAUUUAUUGUUUAUAGUUAACGAGUAUAACGGCGCGGCGGCAGCGCAUUGUAAAAUUAUUAAUAUUAUAUUUUAGUGCUUCACUGCGACGCUCCACGCUCCACUAGGUAUCCAUAUUCCACGGUUACGAAAAAUCAUUUUUUUUUGCCUCGUGGUUCGUUUCGUGCGUUCUGGAUUUGUUGUUGUUGAUUGUUGUCGUUGAUGUUUGGUUUGAAUGUUUCACUGUUUCAGCGUUCCGCCAUUGUAUCUUGCAUUUGCGUAUAUACCUAGUGUUGUUUUUUGUAUCUACGUAUAACGUUUUUCGUUUAGUUUGUGGAUUUAUUGUACUUCGCUAAGCUACUGAACGUGUGUCAAUUUUCGUUGAUUGUACUUUCCGUUGAGGUUUCCACGUUCCGCCAUUGCGUCUUGCGUGAUAUAAGUAUAUAGUUAAGAUAAAAACCAUGUCAGAUUUAAGUAUUUGUGAAGAAGAUGUUGGAAUCAUGGAAUUAAGGAAUUACGUAAUUGUUGAAUUUGUUGAUGGUGUUCAAGUAGUUCCACACAAUUGGAUAUCAUCUAACCAGACAGAAACAUUUUACCCAGAAAAUAUAAACUCCAGGAAAUAUGACAAACUGGUCCUUAAUACCGUUCCAUAUGAGUCUUCAUGGAAAACAUUUUCUAUAAAAAAAAUUUGGGGUUCCUCUGAUAACUUUAUUAGGGCAAAACAAAAGUUAAAAAUUGCUUUGCAAUUAUCUGAAGCUGAAGACUUAAAUUCUGAGAUCGAUGAAGUGCUUGCAAAAAAAAAAACGGAGAGAGCUUGCUAAUAAAAGGGUGAAUAGACAGAGUAUAUUAUCGCCCAAAAUGAUAAAAAGUCAAACUUCAAAAUUAUCUAAUUUUUCUAUUCCACCACUUCCAAUAGAUCCAUUUAAGUCAUUACCUCUUGUCAUAACACAAAAAAGAAAAAUCUGUAAUUUGCAGUCCAACAAGUUUAAACAUUCACCUAAAGAAAAAAAUUGUAAAAAAUUAGAUGAAGUGUCAAUGGCUAGUCAUAAAAAUGUUGGAAAGAAUACUAGAGAUAACGAAUCUUGCAGAAAAAAUAUUGGACAUUUAUACUCCCCUUCUACAAGUCAACAAAAUUGGUCGGUUGAUAGGACAUUUAUUGAAGAAAAUACUGAAGAAAAUGAUCUGAUGGCAUCUCCUCCAAUGUUUAGUCCAAUUAAAAGUGGUCUAAAAAGAAGUAUUUUUGAUAUGACACCGCAAAAACCGGUAAAAAAUGUUGCUGUGAGAAAACUGUUUCCUUCAACACAGUACAAUUCCAAUACAUCAAAAAUAGGCAGUGAAGCUAUUGCAAAUUAUCUGAUGGCAACUCCUUCAAAAUUGAAUGAUAGCCCAAUUAUAAGUUUAACAGGCCUUUUUCAAAGCACACCAGAAUCUGCUCAUAAAAAUGUAACACCUGUAGCAGACAGUCAACUAAUAUCUUCGACAACACAGUCUGAGACAUUCUCAAAAGACAGUGAAGCUAAUGUUAACCAUGGUUGUAUUUUAAAAUUUAUUACCUCAACAUUACCACAGCUUAAUACAAAAUUAAAUAAAAUUAUUUUAAAUCAGUCCAAACAUGAAGAAUUGCUAAAAAAAAUUUUACAAAAUAAAACAGUGCACGAUGAGAGCUUUUAUGACAACACGGAUUUAGAAGAAUUCCCAUUACAUAAUUUAGAUUCCUUAAAAGAAAUAGAUGGAAAACUAAAGUCAGAUACAUUAUUUUACAAAUGUUUGGUAAAACGAUUGAAAGAAUUUGGUGGUAAUAAUGUGUAUAUGGUGACCAAAUGCAUUAUGGACUUCUUGAUGACUGAUAAUUUAGGGAUGCAAAUAUCUCUGACAGGACGUGGAACAAAUAAUAAGAAAAAUGAAAAAAUGUCACUCAUUUCAUUAACAAUGUUUAAAUUGAUAACACGAGUAAUAUUGAAAAAUGUAUCCGGUUCAACAAUUACUAGUAUUAAUAAAGCGGUUACUGGGUGGUUAAAACAUGCCAAGGAAAGAAAUGGACGAAGAGAAUCAUUGUAGUGCAAUUAGUCAUUGAAAUAAUUAUUUAAUGGUCAUUAUAGUGAUCAAACAUUAUUUAAAGUUAGUUUUUUUUUUUUUGUA